UGUUUGGGUUCGGGAGAGGGUUAAAGUAGCAGAGAGUUGGAGAAUGGAGAAGACUUAGUUUUGAUCAGAAAUUGUAUGUAGAUUUUUAAAGACAUACUAAGAAACCUACACCAUUAAAAUCUGGCAGAAGGGUGAAGAUGAGCAAGAAGCCCCCUAAUCGUCCAGGAAUCAUCUUUGAGAUUGGCGCUCGUGUGGAUGCUCAGGACUACCUGCAAAAAUGGUAUCCUUCACGUAUUGAAAAGAUUGACUAUGAGGAGGGGAAGAUUCUAGUCCAUUUUGAUCGUUGGAGUCAUCGAUACGACGAGUGGAUUUUUUGGGACAGCAGUCGGCUGCGUCCAUCUGAACGACCAGUACUGCGGAAAGAAGGACUGGAGGAGGAGGAGCAGGAGCAGGAGGAGCAGCAGCAGCAGCAGCAGCAGCAAGAGGAGGAGCAGGAGGAGGAGGAGGAACAGGAACAGGGGGAACAGUCUGAGAGUCUCAGCGAGAUGAGAGCAUCUCGCCUCCGUGAGCCUCCUGGAGGUACAGCCAGCACUGAGGACCAAACAGAGUUACAGCAAUCAAAACAAGUUUUGAGAUCCGGAGAAGAAGUAUUAGCUCGUUGGACAGAUUGUCGCUACUACCCUGCUAAGGUAGAAUCAGUUAGCAAAGAAGGUACUUACACAGUACAGUUCUAUGAUGGAGUCAUUCGCUGUGUGAAAAGAAUGCAUAUCAAAUCAAUGCCUGAAGAUGCAAAAGGACAGAAGGAUUGGAUUGCCCUGGUCAAAGCAGCAACAGCUGCUGCCAAGAACAAGGGACCCUGUAAACCUCGUACCAGCGCCAACAGCAAUAAAGACAAGGAGGAAAGGAGAGCAGAAAGGGCAUCGCCAGGGAAGGAGGGAGAAAGCGCUUCUCUGGAAGAGGUGCAGGGUGCUCAGGAAGCAGUGGAAGAGCCUGGUUCCACUGAGAAAUUAGAUAAAACGGAUGCUUCAGUAGAGGUGGAACCUAAGCAAGCCGCAGAGCAACCUGAACCAGUAAAAGGAAAGAGGAAGAAAAGCGGCCAGGGCAGCUCAUUCCAAGCAAAGAGAGCUCGUCUUAACAAAAUCACAGGUCUACUAGUUUCAAAGGUUGCUUAUGAAGAUGAGCAUGAGAACAAAGAAAAAAAAAGUGAAGUUCCCCAGAUAUCUGAAAAGGAACCUUCAGCAAGUACAGAAGAGAAACAAAAAACUGACACUGAAGCCACCUCCUCUCCACCAACUCAGAAACAUGUUUUACCUUCUGCUACACCUCCUGUCCCAGUGAGGUCUCGAAACAGACGUCUGAAGCAUGAUUCGGGAGAGUCUACAGGCAGCCAUAAACAGUCAAAGUCAUCCUGUACUGUGUCACAAGAGGAAGAGUCGGCGUCUGCCCCCACUCCUACCCCAGUCCCCACCCCCAGCGCUGCAGACACCCCACAGACGACGCUUCCUCUGCCAAACCCUGCCAGCCCUCCCAGACCCUCGGAACAAAGCCAACGACGAAGGCGAUCCCAGCGUUUGGCCACUUUUACACCCGAUCCCUUCUGUGAACCAGUACACUCCCUUCCUUCAACCACUGAUGGAAAAAGGCUUGCCCAGAAACCAGAGUCUCAACAGGACCUACCUGUGCAUGAGGUUUUAGAUACCACGUCUGUUCCCCCGGAGGAGCCUGAGCUACCCCUCGACCUCAGUAGAAGUGCAACAGUUGCUGCAACACCCCCACCCCCAGCACCACCUGCCUCACCCCCCCAGCCCCCUGAAACUGAGAAGGAAGAAUCUCCUCCCUUGAAAACACCAGCUGAUGAAAAAACAGCUUCCCCCACAACAGCUACUGUUUUAAAAGGUGUUCCCAAGCCGCUGAAACCAAACAAGCACACAAGGGAACCCAUAGUUAACACCAAAAAACCUGAGGAUCAGUCAACUCCUAAGGAACCGCUGAUAGAUUUAGACCACAAUAAGUUGAAGUGUAAGAUUCCUGGCUGCUACAAAACCUUCCGGAAGGCCAAGCUGCUGGAUUACCAUCUGAAGUAUUAUCACAGCAUGGACAAGGAGACGGAGUCUGAGACUGGCUCUCCAGAGCGAGCGGUGCGCACUCGAGCAACCUGUGCCUCUGUCCCUACCUCUACUCCCCCAGAAAGUCAUGAUGCAAAGAGGCGGCGGACUGUGUCAACCUCUGCUUCCCUAUCAUCUCACGUCCAUGCCUUACAAUUGGAGUCUUCUUUAAGUACUGGUCUGAAACCCUCAAAGUGCAUUAAGAAGAAGCGCUCCUCUGCCUCGUUCAGUUCUGAUGGAACAGACGCCCAGUUUGCAGCGCCGCCCCGUGAGAAGGGCUUAGAGAGUCUUCAUGAAACAAUACUGAAGAGAGUCAUUGAAAAGGACAAGCAUGCAGAACCUGGAAUGUUAAGAAGUGAAAAGAAAAUAAAACUUGAAGAAAAGAGUCAACCAAUAGGUAAAAAGAAAGAAAAGGACAAGGAACGGAAAGAGAAGAAGGAAAAGGACCCUUUCAAAGUUAAACAGAAGAAGAAAAAAAAGAAGAAAAAGAAAUCAAAGCAGCACAAUUAUUCGGAUUUUGAAGAUAUCUCGCUGGCCUAUUUGGAAAGGUGCGCCUCUCCAGUCACUCGUUCUUCUGGUAACUCCUUGGCUCAGCGCAAUACCUCUUCCUCCAAACACACCUCCUUCCAGUACCCUCGAGCCAUUCUGACUGUGGACCUCACUGGGGAAAACCUCUCUGACAUUGAUUUCUUGGAAGACUCCUCGACUGAGAGCUUACUGCUAAGUGGGGAUGAGUAUAACCAGGAUUUUGAUUCCUUUAAUCUUGAGGAUUCUCAAGAUGAAGAUGAUGCAGCCAAUGAAAUUGUGCGCUGCAUCUGUGAAAUGGAUGAGGAAAAUGGCUUCAUGAUUCAGUGUGAAGAAUGUAUGUGCUGGCAGCACAGUGUGUGUAUGGGAUUGUUGGAGGAUAGCAUUCCAGAGCAGUACAUCUGUUAUGUCUGCAGGGACCCACCAGGCCAAAGGUGGAGUGCAAAGUAUCGUCAUGACAAAGACUGGCUAAAUAAAGGACAUAUGUAUGGGCUGUCAUUUCUCAGCGAGAAUUACUCUCAUCAGAAUGCAAAGAACAUUGUCUCCACGCAUCAGCUGCUGGCUGAUGUGUACAGUGUAAAAAAAGCACUUCGUGGACUACAGCUGAAGAUGGAAAUAUUGCAGAACAAACACAAUCCCAACUUGCACCUGUGGGCCCGAUCAUGGGUGAAUCCAGAUGAAGAGCAGCCAAUGGGAGGUUUUCCAGAGUGCAUACAUCACCAGGAAAGGAUAGCAGACUGUAUAAACCACACCUCUAACCAAAAAGCAGAAGACACCUAUAUCACUAGUGAGCACAGUUACCAGAAGCCACCAGGGUUUGAGCUGGAGCACAACACAGCUGCCGAUUUCAUGAUCUCAGAUGGGGAAGAUGCUGUUAGGCUUGGUGAGGAGCCAGAGGCCAUGUCUGAAGUGGGCACAAACUCUGUGCCAAAAGAAGAACAGGUGAACCAGGAAAGCACUGAAAUAACUUCAGAGGUUUUGAAUGAAAACACUGCUAAUAAAAUGGAGUCAGAUGACCAGGCAAGGACUCUUCUGCAGUGGCAGGUAAACCUCCUGACCCACAUCGACGGUGUGCAGAACCAGGUCGCUGGAAGAAUGGACCUGAUAGAAAAAGAACUAGAUGUAUUAGAAAGCUGGUUGGAUUUCACUGGCGAGCUAGAGCCACCUGAGCCACUGGCAAGAUUGCCUCAGCUGAAACGCAGGAUCAAACAACUCUUAACAGACCUUGGAAAAGUACAGCAAAUGAGUACUCUCUGUUCUGUUUGAGUCCAGCAUGCAUCUGAAGUGAGGGGGACAGGAAAGAGCUGCAUUGUCACAGUGCAGUGGACCCUGUUGUUUUCUCGCUGGGUACUUUGCGUAAAAGUUGUUGGGGGAGGUGGGGGGAGUAGGGGGGAGUAAUCUUGCCUGAUUUGACAUUCUUGAAUGCUAAAUAGUUUGUGGCUUGUGAACAGUGUUGUGAGUAGGAAAUAAUAUAACAGGAUUCAUUGGACUGGCUGCACAAAGAUGAUUUUAUGAAAACAGACCACCACAUGGUCAUAUUGGUAACAUAUUAGAAGAAGCUGUGUGGCUAACUUGCUAAAAGCGAGCUAGAGCUGAAUAAACAGAAAACUGGAAAGUGCUGGACAUCACAUAAAGUGCACCAUUGAAAUUACAGUGGAUAUCAGCUCUGAUCACGUAUGCAGCAUGCAGGGAAGGUGUAGAGGUUGUACAUAUGAAUGUUGGGCAAAUGUGGCUAACAGAUAUAAGAUGGAGCCACGGAAUACUAAUGGAGGUAGGAUACUGCUAUAAAGGAAUAAGCUUGGGCAACAAAGAUCUGUUUGUUGAAGACAUUGAAAAAGACUUUGUUUCUUUCAGUAUUUCUAAAUACGUGAAUAAUUACAGGCUACCACUACAGAAGUAACUGAAUGGACCCCGUUCAGAGCCACAUACAGCCUAAUGGACAUAUGCUAAGACCACAGCAGAAAACACAAUGAAAGCGAUCCAGGGGCAGAGGAAAUGGGGCCCAGACAGCCUCAACGAGAAACCAGUUCAAUAUUAAACUUACACAAAGCUGGUGUUUAAAGUUCCAACCAUUUUUUGUCUUGUUUUGUUUAGUUUUUUUUUAAAUUUAUUUAUUUUUGUAAGAGGGAUAGUUCAUAGG